CUCUGAGCAGAGACGGUGGGAGUUAGCUGUGUAAUGGCGGCCUCGGUGUUGCUGUCUACGGAGAGCCCCGGACCCAACUUUGCGGGCGGCAAUACCGGAGUGGCAGGAGCCUCCGGUAACGGACUAGGGGCUGCGGGGCCCGCCUCAUGGAACCGUUCACUGGACAGGGCCUUGGAUGAAGCUGCGGCAACCGGCUGCCUCAACCUCAGCGGCAGGAAACUGAAGGAGUUCCCGAGGAGCGCCGCUAGCCACGACCUCUCAGACACUACCCGGGCCGACUUGUCUCGGAACCGCUUGCCAGACCUUCCUGUGGAGGUGUGUAUGUUUGUGUCUCUGGAGAACCUGAAUCUGUACCAGAACUGCCUGCGUUCGCUGCCUGAGAGUCUGAUCAACCUGCAGGCCCUGACGUACCUCAACAUCAGUCGGAAUCAGCUGACGACCCUGCCGGCCCCAGUGUGCAGUUUGCCCCUUAAGGUUCUGAUCGCCUGCAACAAUAAGCUGGUGUCUCUUCCUGAGGAGCUGGGCCAACUGAGGCAGCUCACAGAGCUGGACGUGAGCUGCAAUGAGAUCCAGACGCUGCCGCCGCAGGUUGGCCAGCUGGAGGUGCUACGGGACCUCAACAUCAGGAGAAACCAUUUGGCACGCCUGCCCCCAGAACUGGCUGAGCUGCCUCUGGUGCGGCUGGAUUUCUCCUGUAAUAAGGUGACAUCCAUUCCUGUGUGUUACCGUAACCUGCGUCACCUCCAGAGCAUCGUGCUGGACAACAACCCCCUACAGAGCCCACCUGCACAGAUCUGUAUAAAGGGGAAGAUUCACAUAUUUAAGUAUCUGAAUAUGGAGGCGUGUAAGACUGCGUCUGAACUGCCAGACUUCGAUAGGAGACCGCUGGCCUUCGGAUCCUGUGUGGACGACCUGUAUCCUGGGCGGCCGUAUGGAGCGCUGGACUCUGGCUUUAACAGCGUAGACAGUGGGGACAAGAGGUGGUCAGGCAAUGAGCCCACAGAGGAGCUGUCUGAGCUGCCGUUGCGGGUGGCAGAGAUCACCAAGGAGCAGAGGCAGAGGAGAGAGAGGGAGCGGGAGGAGGGCAGGACUGGGGCCCUCGUGGCCAACGGCACAUUGGAGGCGGAGCUGGAGCAGAUAGACUUCAUCGACAGCUGUACGGGGGAAGAGGAGGAGGAGGAAGCACGGGGCCGGGGGCCGGACUCAGUCAGCCUGAGCUCUCAGUUCAUGGCCUACAUGGAGCGUCGCAUCACCAGAGAGGGCUCUCCAGCAAAGUCCAGCUCCUCCAGAACAGAUGACCACCGGAGACACAAUGCUGCACACAACAGGAGUCUUGUUGAUGGUGUGAGUGCAGUGCCCUCUGCGGUCCAUAGUCAGCGAAGUGCAGGGGCGGGGGCAGGUUCGGCGGCCGGCGUGGAGCGCGUGCGGAGAGAGGCCCAGCUCGCUGCUCAGCGGUACGAGGAAGAGAGGCAGAGAACACGCCACGCCCAGAGGGAGGCCGUCAUGACUUACGUCAAGCACAAAGCAGCUCAGAGCCCCACCAAACUUAGCCCCACAGACAGUGAGAGCGUGUACCCCUCCAGACGUUCCACUCACACUGAUGACUCCGCCCUCUUCAUGUCUCUCUCUGGGAUGUCCAUCGAUGGCUGUCUCUCUCAUGCUGCCGAUGCCCCUGACGCUGCCCCCCUCUGUCUGCUGCAGCAGGGUGAGGAGCGCCCCCCUCUCUCCCCUACAGCCCUCCAAUCACCUUCCUACCCUGGCCCCGCUGUCAUGUCUUCCUGUCGAGGCCCUGCCCCACGACCCGAGAGCUUCCUGUUUCGCCUCAGUCAGAGAGAGGAGAGGAAGAGAGGAGAUUCAGGGGCCCCCCGGCCCGAGCCUGAAGACACAGGCCCCCCGCAAACAGAGGGCCCUGUAGGAGAAGAGGCGAAAUUGGUCGAGCAGCUACGCAAAAACAUUGAGUCCCGGCUGAAAGUGACACUACCCAAUGACCUGGGGGCAGCAUUGACCGACGGCGUUGUGCUCUGCCACCUGGCCAAUCACGUUAGGCCACGAUCUGUACCCAGUAUCCACGUGCCCUCUCCUGCUGUGCCCAAACUGACGAUGGCCAAGUGUCGGCGGAAUGUGGAGAACUUCCUGGAGGCGUGUCGCAGGAUUGGGGUUCCACAGACCCAGCUCUGUCUGCCUCUCCACAUCCUGGAGGAGAGAGGGCUCCCCCAGGUGGCCGGGACAGUGCAAGCGCUGCUGGACCUGGCCCCCCCAAAACACUCCCCCUCCACUCCCAACACCACCAUCUCUUUGGCAAUGUAGGACAGACAGACGAAAAAAGACAAACCUAUGAGCCCUGUGGUUUCCCCCUACCCCCUGCCUCUUGACUGUAGGCCUGGAAGAGACUGAGGCCAGCAACUGCAGACACCCCCCCAGCCUAAGGACACCCUAUGCCCCUCCACAGUCUGACCCCAUUACCGCAUUCUGAGAGACACAGAACACAAGUGGGACACAAGGACCAGAACAUGCCUCAUGCCCCCCCCCCCCCCCCC